AUGUCAAACGAAAAUAUAUUCAAUGAUUUAGAGUUUAAUAAUUUAGAACUAUACUUUAAUAGUAAUGAUAGCUUAGAAUUUUGCUUUGACAAUAAUGAUAAUAGAGAUUUUUUUGAUGAAAUUUUAGAUAAUAAUGGUCAAUUAAUUAUUAAUAAUGAGGAAGACGAUAGUUUGUCUGAUUGUGAAGUUAAUGAUUUAACUGAUGAAAAAGAAGCAAUCAAUAGAGUUUGUACCAAAUUUCUCACACCAGCAGUGCUAAAAUUGCAAUAUUAUCAAAUGAAUCAAUAUGUUCAUUAUCAUGCUCAUCAAACAAAUUUAAAAGUUGAGUUACAGCAAAAAGAAAAUAUUUGUGAAACAAAUAUACUGAAUAGCAUGUUUAGUAAAGACCUAUAUGAUGAAAUGCUUAUUGAACUAGCCAAACUUCUUCAUAAUACAAGCCAUUCUAAUGUUAAAGAAUUAUGGAUAGUUUCACUAAUAGAACAAAAUGAAAGGUUUGAUAGUAAAUAUGCAAUAUCAAUUCAAAAUUGGCAAAGGUUUAGUAUAUUCAAACAUGAAGUUAGAGUUGACUUUUCUUAUAUUGAUUCAAUUUCUUUAAAUUUGGUGAUCGAAACUGGAUAUGCUGAGGAAUUAUAUAGGUUUCACCAGCAAUUCAUUGAAGAGAUGAGAAACCAACUUGCUGAAAAAGGUACUCAGAAGAAAGUUAUUAAAAAGACAACUAAUGUACAGCAUAAUCAAAGAUCAAGUAGCUCCAAUAUGAGUACAAGGCCAAGAGCAAGAGUAAUGUCAAGAGCAAAAGCAAUGUCAAGAGCAAGUUCAAUGCCAAGAGCAAGUGUAGUCCCAAGAGCAAGUACAGCACCAAGAGCAAAUACAACAUCAUAUGCAG